AUGGCGACUUGGUUUAGUUUCGAGGGGACAGAUCAAGUCGACCUGACUCUCGUCAAUUGGGGUCACCCGGCCUUACCACCCCUCACCUUCGAGGAUUUAUGGUACCCUCUCAACACUGGGUCCUACGAAUGCGGUUACCUUCGUCCGCUUGUGACGGGCUUCCUCUUCCAGCCUACCUUCUCUCUCUUUUCAUUGUGCAAUAACGGAAAAGCUCCUUCUUACACAAAUGAUAAUCUGUAUGAGUACCCAAAGAAGGAUGAACAAUCACCAGGGUCUCCUAUCUUGCUCAAGCUGGUUUGA